CUUCGUGUCAAACGAAAAACAAUUUUUGAUGCUCUCUAGAAUAUAUUGCUACAUAAAAAACAAAACACUCGCCGAUGCACAAAAUGAUCUAUAUAAAAGUGUAGAAUUUUUUGAGUCAUUUCACUUCUCGGUGGUCAUUUCGAAGUAUAUGUCAAAGCGGACGACCAUUUGACAGUGGCAGAGAGAAAAUGAGAGUGCUCACGCCUGGGUUUUUCGUAAGUCUAUGAUCUGCGCAAUAAAUGCAAAGAUGCCAGAUUGAGGACGGCAGCCACCGAAAAUCAGCCCCUCCACUUAGAGCGAUAAGCCAAAUUCAUGAUAGGAGCUGAGUUGUAGUGUAGAUUUUCAUUUUUAUACGAUAUUUAAGUAUCGGUUAUAAACAAUGACAGAAAGUUCAGACGAGGGAUUCAACGGUGGAGAUAGUUGUGAAAAAUUGUGUUGGGUAUUGUACAAAGAUCGUGAGGAGUGGAAAGACGUGAUUCCUGUGCCUCAGGAUGAUCUUCCUAAUCCUAUCGUUUCAAUUGCAUACUCUGAAAGAUUUAAGGACUCGUAUGAUUAUUUCCGAGCUAUUCUAAAAUCUGGUGAAAAGUCAGAGCGUGCAUUGACAUUAACAAAAGAUUGCAUUUGGCUCAAUCCUGCUAAUUAUACUGUAUGGCAAUAUAGAAGAGAAAUACUUAGAGCCCUUGGCAAAGACUUACAAGAAGAAUUGAAAACUACUAACAAAUUGAUAGAGUAUCAUCCCAAAAGUUAUCAAGCUUGGCAUCAUAGGAAAGUUAUUGUUGAAUUGUUGCAAGACGCAAGUGGAGAAUUAGAAUUUACAGAGAACAUUUUAAAAAAUGAUGCAAAGAAUUAUCAUGUCUGGCAACACCGUCAAUGGUGUAUAAAAACCUUUGGGUUAUUUGACAAAGAAUUGGAGUACACAGAAUAUUUAUUGAAUGAUGAUAUUCGCAAUAAUUCCGCUUGGAAUCAACGUUAUUUCGUAAUAAAUAAUACAACAACAUUUGUGUCCAGUGUUAUUGAUAGAGAAAUUGAUUUUGCUUUGGAUAAAAUAGAAUUAGUUAAAGGCAAUGAAUGUGCUUGGAAUUACCUCAGAGGUGUUCUGCAGCAGGAUAGCAGUGGUUUGGCCUAUGAAAAAGUAAGAACGAAGUGUGAGGAACUGUACGAGGCUGGUUAUCGUACCAGUCAUUUACUGGCCUGUAUUAUAGACAUUUGUCAAGACAGACCAAUAGCAGAUGAGUCGCCAGAUUCAAUAUUUCAUAUUGAGAAUGCUAUAAAGUUGUGUAAAGAAUUAUCUGUGAAGCAUGAUACCAUAAGGAGGAGGUACUGGGAUUUCAUUGGUCAACAGUUAUCUGAAAAAUUGAAGUCAGAGUCUAUAAGUACGUAAUUUAUUAAGAAUUUUUAUAAAAAUUCGGUCUUAAUUAUCUUUAUACUUUGAAAAAUGUGUCAUGUAUUUCUAUAUUGAAAUGAUGGUGAAUACCGAUAUAAAAUAAAUUGUUCAUAAAGUUUGAUAAUGCAUUUUAGUUAAUAUUAUUAUUACUUUAUAUAAGGAGUUAGUAAUUGGGAAAUUUUAUAAGAUACGUAUGCAAUAUUUUUAAGCAUGGUAAAAGAUUCAAUAAAUUGUGUAAUUAUGAAUGGGAAAAAUAAAGUGUUGAAGACUACUACAAAAUA